UGCGCUCGGAAACAUGGCCGAAUCGGCGCAGAGGGAGACGAGUGAACUUCCUCAAUUCUGCAGCGAAUGGCUCAGCCCCUCCGAGCUGUUCGCCGCGCGCUCUCGCUGCCACAGGAUACCGGCGCGCGGGCAGAAGGACUUCCUGCCGGACGGGUCAGCGCUGCAGCGCGAGCGCCUGGAGCGGAGCCUCGAGGAGCACUGGAGCCUGGUGUCGGAGGAGCGCGUGGAGAGGCUUGGAGCCCUGGUGCAGGCAGAGUGGAUCCCCAGCAAGAGGGUGGUGGAGCUCAGGACCCCCGCGGGUAAGUUUUGGCAGACUAUGGGAUUUUCUGAACAUGGAAAACAGUUUCUACUUCCCGAAGAAGCUCUUUAUCUCAUGGAAUGUGGCAGUGUCCAGGUGUUUCUUCAUGGCCUACCACUGUCAAUACAGGAAGGCUAUGAAAUGUUCCUCUCCCCUAGCACUGUGACCCUACAGCAGUACGAGGUGUUCAGUCACCUCAAGAGGCUGGGAUACAUUGUGACCAGGUUUGAGCCCAGCUGUGUCCUAUCACAUUAUGAGAGGACGCUUAACCUCCCCGUGCAACGUGACCGACAGGGGCGAGCCUUAAAGAGGAAACGGAGCCACAGUCCCCAUAGUGAGCGGCCAGCAGAUGAACAGGAGGGAGAGGAGUCCACCGAACCACCAGACCAUGAGGCCAAGAAUCAGAGGUUUGAUCCAGAAAACCACCCUGACUCCCUGACUGAGGAGAAGGACCAGGGAGAGGUGGAGGACAAGCCAGUGGCUAUGGAGUCCACCUCCGAUGCCGUUCUUGCCAGGAAUUGGUGGGUGGACAGGAGCCCAAGGUCUCCUAUGAGUCCGACACGGUCCCAGGCGCCCCGGUGGGACUUCUUCACCAUCACGUUCCCUGAUCUGGGUGCUCGGGGCCCCCUGUCCCCCUUAGUGGCUCCUGACCCAACCGUGCUCCCAGGUGAGCUCUCGGUGAGCGAGUGUGAGUUGACGCCCUGGCUGCAGCGGCUGAACCUGCGGAAAGAGCGGCUGUCUCGGCGGGAGCAGGAAAGGGAGCAGGCGAGACGCAGGUACCAGCGGAGUGUGAAUGAUGACAAGGAGGUGCGGCGCUGUGGGAACUGGGCUGAGUAUCAGGAGCUUCUGAGGAGAAGGAGGAGACACCACGGCCAAAGGGACAGACCGCCGCAUCUGUGGGAGAGCACAGUCAAGCCCCUUGUGCAGCCUGGACAGCACACGUCUCCUGGAGAACUGCUGGAUAAGAUUAGCAUUAUCAAACCCUCACGCCUGCUUGACGGAGCAGCCCGGCUAGAAGAAGGUGCAGACGAAUGGAAGAUCAGCUUUGAUGUUUUUCAACCUGACACGGUGGCCGAGUUCAAGAAGUCAAAACCAGGGAAGCCCUAUUCCCGUCUGUGUGUGUGCAGUUUUGAAGGCCCUGUGCCAGACCUUCGGGUCCUGAAGCAGUUGGCAUUCCAGAGUGGGGAUAUUCCUGUGACCUUUGCAGUGGUGGACCAUGGAGACAUCUCCUUCUACUGUUUCAAGGAUUUCCAGCUUCCCACAGAUGUUUCCCACUGACCCUCAACUGCUCAGUCUCCUAUGAAUGAAAUACUUGCCAAAGAUACUUGCGGACUAACACUCGUGCCCUUUGGGAAAACACAUUCUCAGGAAUACCUGCCAAGAACAGAGACUGUAUUCCAUGUGCUAAAGCUUUCUCCCCAACAGUUGAACGUGCCUGCUUGUCUUUUCUCAGACUUUUCUAAUGGAGCACAGCACGCAAGGGAGAGGAUAUAAUAUAGUGUUAUACAGCAGAAUUAUCACUUGAUUGCUUUUGUGCAUCUUAAUGCAAUAACCAAGCUGGAAUUAUCUGGUUUAUAUGGGGUUAGCAAGCAGUCUACUUUGAUUCUCUGCAGAGGGUUAUCAUUUCUCCAUCAAUCAUUUUUGUCUUAUUGCUUUUCCUUUAGGAAAGACCUGUAUUAUAUUUUUUCAGAAAAAUUGGAAAAUAUUUUGCAAUCAUGCUUGGAAUUCAUACUAAUUGUAAGA